AUGUUGCACGGACUGCAAGAUACGCCGAUCGCGUUGCCGCCGGAAGCUAGUGGUUUGGGUCUGUUCGACGCAGUCCUUGACCACAUUGCUCAGGCGCCCGCAACUUUGACGCCAGGUCACAUUGCGCCGCUUCUUGUGUCGCUCCUGGCUGAUGACAACAAAAUUACACACCCACCACUAGACAGCAUGCAGCGUCAAGCACUGGUUGCAGCACUGUAUGAGCGCUAUGGCGAUGCCGUGUCCACCGCCUUGGAGCAACAAAUUCCCAAGCUGGCCGGCCGCCGCGGCGCUGCUGAGGUGUUGAUGGACUGGGGCAGCGUGCCUCUUACACCCAAACUUGCACGAGCUGUGCUUGUGCACUGUGGAUGGUCUAGCAACCCUACAAUCACUGACGUCGCACAACUUGUGUGUGUGUUGCUGCAAGAGUCGACACCCUCACCGCAGCCAAGCACCAACAUGCAGGUGGUCGCCGACGUGUUGAACCAAAUGGUGCCGUCCCUGGACUGGAAGGCAGUCAUUCAGAGCCUAGACGUGCCCACCACUCUGGCUGUCCCCCCCAGCAAGGGACUGGGUGUGGCCCUAGGCGCCCUUAUCCGGGGUGCCUCGCAGCCGGUCCAGGCCUUGUCGGGCCUGUGGGGCGUCUGGUCUCACCGUCUGCGACAGUUACAAUUGCUCUACGCGCUUCUGCUGCUGAAUGAAGAUGCGUACAGUGUCGCGCCAGUACCGGUGCGCCGUAUCUUGACUAUGGCAGACGUGGCUGAGGCGCCAAGCUCGAUCCAGGCACAAGCGCAGGCUGCAUGCGCCUCGCCUUGGAACUCGAUCGAGCUAAUCGAGACACUGAUGGAACUGGCGGGUAGCGCACCUGGCGCAGAGGACAGCAACGAGGUGGGUCGCGCUGUAACGGCGAUCCUGGAGCGUGCGAUCCAGACGCACGCUGAAUGUGUGCUACUGGGACUCGCCGCACUGCCGUCAUCCACCAAUGCUGUGCACCCGGAACUGGUGACGAAGCUCCUUGCCAUGUUCCUGGCUGGUCACCCGUCACAGCAGUUGGUAUUUUGGCGCCUAUGGCAAACACAACCGGAGCUUCUGCUCAGCACCUUCCAGCGGAUCUAUGCAGAGGCACCGCUGCAGCUUGCCCGUAUCGUGGAAGUGGCACAAGAGCUUCAGAUUGUCAACAAGCUGCUUGAGCAGCGCCCGCUGGCCUUUGCGCUUGAUGUGGCUGCGCUCGCAGCGCGACGGGAUCUGCUGCAGCUGGAGCCAUGGCUCCAGCAGCGGAUCGCCGAUGCGCCCCCCGAGGCGCACAUGAUCGCGACAGUGCUAGAUUUUCUCGAGCACAAGACCAAAGAAGACUUAAUGCGGCGCGAUCCCCAGGCAGAGCCUGCGUUCGUGCCUCUAAAUGUGCAGCAGGUGGCAACGUUUCUGCGCGUGCUGAGAGGCUUUGGCGAUGCUAUGAGUUCCGAGGAAAUUGAGCACUUCAAGAUUGUGCGCAACCUGUGUCUGCAACUGCACCCCCGCCUCAUGUCUCUGACGCCGGGUUCGGUCGGUGUCGAGCCUGGCUUGUCUGUCGCAUCUUUCUCUAAAGAUGUCCAUCGCGAGGCUGACUCAUGGUACCGUCAGAUGUACGAGGAGAAGGUCAGUGUGGACGAUAUCAUCUCGCUAUUGCGUCGCUGCAAACACUCGGACGACGACCACGAACACCAGCUGUUCGCUUGCAUGGUGCACACGCUGUUCGACGAGCACCGGUGGUUUGAGCUCUACUACCCGCCACGCGAGCUGCUUAUGACUGCAGUUGUAUUUGGCUCGCUCAUCCAGUACCAGCUCAUCGACUCGAUUCCAUUGGGUAUCGCGAUCCGCUAUGUUGUCGAUGCCCUGCGCUCGGCGCCUGAUUCAACCAUGUUUCACUUUGGUGUGCAAGCUCUCAUGCGCUUCCAGAAGCGCCUGGCUGAGUGGCCGCAGCUUUGUCAGCUGCUGCUCUCCCUGCCGACGCUGCAGCAGACACAUCCAGAAUUGGUUGCGGCUGUCAACCAGGCCUUAGCGGCGGCUAAAAGUGGACAGCCACUGCCUGCGAACGAUGAAGUCUUUACCUCUGUGCGCGUCGGUAAGGUGGCAGCAGAGGGUCAAAUCCUCCCCGACGAGGCACUUUCGGACCAGAUCCUCUUCCUGAUCAACAACUUGUCGCCGGUGAACUUGGAAGAGAAGCUCCCCUUGGCGCGCAGCAUGAUCCGUGAGGAUUUGCUGCACUGGCUGGCGCGCUACCUUGUGGCGGAGCGUGUGAGUACAGAGCCGAACAACCAUGAAUUGUAUUUGCAAUUCUUGGAGCGCCUCGAACUACCCCGUGCCUUUGUAUUUGUACUGCACGAGACGAUGGCGAAACUUAAGGGACUGCUCGAGGCAGAGAAGACGACGCAGUCCUCUCAGGACCGCACGGUCCUGAAAAAUUUAGCAUCGUGGCUCGGUCUCACGACGCUGGCGCAGGACCGCCCUAUCAAGCACCGUUACAUGGCGCUGAAGGAGCUGCUACUGCAGGGGCACGAAGUAGGCCGCCUGAUUGUGGCGAUUCCUUUCGUGUGCAAAGUGCUGGAGCAUUGCAGUCGCAGCACCGUCUUCCAUCCCCCGAACCCGUGGCUGAUGGGCGUGCUGCGACUGUUAGGAGAGCUGUACCAAUUUGCGGACUUGAAGUUGAACCUCAAGUUCGAGAUCGAGGUCUUGUGCAAGAGCUUGCAUGUGGACCUGUCGCAGCUCGAGCCUAGUGCUCUGCUGCCAGGCCGCCGGCCUGACCCACUGCCUGCGCAGCCCAGUGCCGAAUACGCGCACGUUGUGGUAGGCAUGGAUCAAUUGGCGGUGCAGGACUCCAUGACGUACCAAGACAUGUUUGUGACAAUGUUGCAGAAUAUGGCACAGUACAUUGUGAUCAGUCCCCAGAUCGUCCCGUACGCCAACAGUGCGGCCUGGAAGCGCGUGAUGUACGUGGCGCUUGAGCGUGCGAUCCAAGAAAUCAUCACCCCCGUCGUGGAGCGCAGUGUGACGAUUGCCUCCAUUUCCACACGAGAGCUCGUGAGCAAGGACUUUGCCAUGGAGCCUGACGAGCAAAAGAUGCGAACGGCUGCCCACCAGAUGGCACAGAACAUGGCAGGCAGCCUUGCACUUGUGACAUGCAAAGAGCCUCUUCGCCUCAGUAUUCUUGCGCAUGCCCGCUCACUCUUUGCGGCAGGUGGUGUUACGGAGCAGGCGCUCCCGGAGCAGGCAUUGCUGUUGCUGGUACAAGACAACCUGGACCUUGCGUGCGUUGUUAUCGAGAAGACGGCCAUGGAAAAGGCCUUGGCCAAGGUGGACGAGGGUCUUGCGACCGCCUAUGCGACACGGCGUGAGUACAAGGCACAUGGCCGCGGUGCCAUGUUCUGGGAUGGCACUGCCCUCUCACACUACAGCACGACGCUCCCGGAUAUGUUGCGUAUCGCGCCGCCUGGUUUGCAGCCUUCGCAGUUGCGGGUGUACGACAAUUUGGCCAUGACGCCCAUGGCGCCUCGCACCGAGGAGGAGCUCGAGUACGACGACGGGCCGGCAACGGCCCCCAUGGGCGGAGUCUCACUUGUGCCCGCGCGCGCGUUGGAGCGAUUCCUCUUGAUGGCUGCCGAGCUUGAGCGCUUCUUUUCGGAGGUCGGCGAGACACAAUCGCUUGCUACGCUACCCAGCAACCACUUUGUGCGCCAGAUCUCACCACACCUUACGGAGCUCGUGCUUCAUUCCGUCCAGCGGGACGAAACGGUGCUUCUUAUUGCCCAAAAGACAGUGCAGCUGCUAUACAAGGCACAAACGCAUUUGGCCCGCGAGGUAUGGGUUGCGGUGCUGGAGCAUUUGUGCGAGCAGUCGCCUAGAGUGGCCAAAGAGGUCACUGCAUGGCUCGUAUAUGCGGAAGACGAGCGCAAGUUCCAUGUGCCUGUUACGCUGGCUCUCGUGCGUGCGAACUUGAUCGGUAUUGCCGAACAGGACCAGCAGUUGGCAAAGCUGUUGAUUCGCUCGCAGUUCCGCGCCUCGGUGGUGGACUUUAGCGCUCAGUUGGUGCGUGAAUGUCUCCAAGAGGGCCUCGCGACGCGUGCGCAGUUCGCAACACUGCUUAAUGCACUACACAGGGCAGCGCAGUUUGGACGUGCGACGCCGGCAGCGCAACAGUUGCUCGACGAGCUCGAUCAAUUGGCGCCGGGUGAUGCGGCACUUGCGCUGCGCGAGCAGCUUGCCUACAGCUUUGCCAGCUGGGUGCGUGUGUUUCAGCAGGCACCCCAUCCUGAGAAGGCCUUUAUCGAGUAUGUGACGCAACUGCAGAGCCAGAACGUGCUCAAGGGCGAAGAGCUGGCAUCGCUGUUCUUCCGCAUGUGCACAGAAGUAAGCGUCGGGCACUACAUGAAGCAGCAGGCCGUGGGCGGUACUCGUGCCACCGGCUUGUUCUCGCCGAUUGACACCUUUGCGCAGCUAAUCGUGUACCUGGUCAAGUACCAUGCCGACCCGAAUGGAACUGACGACGAGCAUGCUAAGGUGCACUACCUGACAAAGAUCCUCUCCAUCCUUGUCUUGGUACUGGCGCACUCGCAUGAAGAGCUUGGCGCACGCUUCCAGCAGCGACCCUUCUUCCGCCUGUUCUCGAGUGUGCUUCACGACCUACACGCGGCAGAGGGUUCGCUGCGUGGCGCUUAUCAGGGUGCCCUACUUGCGCUGGCCAAUGCGCUAAACACGUUGCAGCCACUGUUCUUCCCUGGCUUUGCGUUUGCGUGGGUGUCGCUGGUGUCACAUCGUCUGCUGCUGCCUCAGCUCCUGCAGAUGGGGCCUAGCGGCGUGGCGGCUUUCCACCGCCUGAUGUUGGCGCAACUGCGGUUCCUGGCGCCGUUCCUGCGCCAAGCUACCUUGCACGAUACGACGCGUUUGUUGUACACAUCGACGCUCCGUGUGCUGCUGCUGCUGCUGCACGACUUCCCCGAAUAUCUUGUGGAGCACCAUCAGUCACUGUGUGAUGGGAUUCCGCCCAACUGCAUCCAGAUGCGCAAUCUCGUUUUGUGCGCAUACCCGGCCAAGCUGCGCUUGCCUGAUCCCUUCGCGCCGAGUGUUCGCCUGGCUUCGAUGCCCGAGUCGGCGCUCGUGCCUAGCAUGCAGUACGACACCCGCACGCAGCUAAGCAGCAUCCCGGGUGCGCUGGUGCUUCUCGACGACCUGCUGCACCAUCGUGCGGCCGCCUCGACGGGUGCCAAGCUGGCUGAGGCCUGUCGGGUCCCCGGUACCGCCGAGACGCACUACCGUGAGUGUGUGUUGAAUGCGAUGGUGUUAUAUGUGGCUGAAGCGGCUUUGAAAUUGCAGAACACGGUACACACUGGCACGGUUGCGGCUGAUGAUGCUCUGCUGGAUCUGUUCCAUGUCCUGCUGCGCGAGUUGGAGCCAGAGGGCCGAUACCUACUGCUGUCCGCUGCGGCCAACCAGCUGCGCUUUCCGUCGCAGCACACGGCGUAUCUGAGCGCCGUGCUGGUCGCGCUGUAUGCGGAGGAUGACACCAUGGUUCGAGAGCAGAUCUUGCGUGUCCUGCUGGAGCGCGUGAUUGUGCACCGCCCACACCCAUGGGGACUCUUGUAUACGUUUGCCCAGAUGCUCCGACUCCACACUGUGCCGCUCCCUCAGGCACCGCCAGAGAUUCACACUAUCUUGGAGCACAUGAAGAAGGCCCUGUUGCCUGACCGCCCAGCCGCUAAGGCCUUGUAG